CACCAACAGUCAUGAGCAAAUACUUCAAACGGUAUAACGCUGAUUUUCCCGACCUUUCCUCUGAUCUGCGCGAAAGAGAAGACUGGAAACCGGCAGAAUUGAGAUCUUUCGAUUUUGCCAUUGAGAUUUCUGCUCUCGCCGUGGAUCCGUUGUCAGGUCUUCUAGCAGCUGGGACCGCUGAUGGUCUCCUAUUUAUAUGGGGGAAACCCGGUGUCGAUAUAAAGCUCUCAAUUCCGGAGAGAAAAGGUGUCAAACUUGUCCAAUUUUCGGUUUCUACGUUCCAAAUCGUUUGCCUGGAUACCACGAAUCACCUACACAUCUGGGAUCUUUCAAACUAUGGAUACCCCAAAUACGUCUGUUCGGCAUUGUUUGAUCAGACGAACGCCAUGACACUAUCACCUUCCCACUCCCAUGCUUUCCUCGUUCUGCAAUCGGGAGACAUUCGAACUUACGACCUAACUUGUCAUCGGAAAACGUCUUACAUGAUACCGAACUUGUGGAAACUCUAUGAGAAUAAGCUGGCUUCUAGUGGGAUGGUUGGAGUGACAAAUGCGGGCUCCUCUUUGGCGAUUGAUGCCGUUAUACAUCCUCGGAACCUAAACCUUUUGUUCGUGGCGUAUGCAGGAGGGAUAGUUCUAUCUGAUCUCACCCAGCGCAACACGCUUCGGGUCUACGACCUUGUUCUGUCACCCGGGGCUCCCGGUGGAACUGGAUAUGGUCAAGACAUCCUAACGCACAGAAGACCAGAAGUCACAUGUAUAGCUGUUCAUCCGGCAGGACACUUCUUUGCGGUUGGCUAUACAGAUGGCGUCAUUGCCUAUUGGGCUAUGGAAGAUGAGGAUCAGCCUCUCAUGGUGCGAACAUUCGAUUCAAUAGAUGUCAACGUGGUCGAUGGCCAUCGGCUUGAAGAGCACCUGGCUAAUCCCCAAAAUCAAGCAUCACAGAGAGAACCUAUAUUCAAGCUCUCGUGGAGCUCAUUUUCAGAUUCUUCGGACCCUAGAGGAGGAUACACAGCACUGACAGUGCUUGGAGGCCUGUGUAUUGGAGACCCCCCUGGAAUUAGUGUAUUUUGGCUUCCUGCUUUUAAUCCCCCCGAUCCACCGACGCCGGUUACCGAGGGAACGCUGCAUCCAUUCUACAGGUCUUCCAUGCGAGAUACUGUUGUUCCCACAAGAUCUUACUUCUAUUCGAGCGAUGGUACUGUGCAAGAUUACUUGCUCAUUCCUCGGAACAGUCCCCAUUUAUCAGGUGUUUUUGAUCCAACAUCUAUUUUGAUACUUUCCGAAUCGACGGAUGAUACACGAGCAUUAGAGGCGUACGACUUUCCUCCUCCGUCUUUUGCAUACCAAGAAGAGGUCAGUUCCAGUGCUCCAGAGGACAAAAACGAAGAUACUCUGGACGAGUUAUCCGCUACACUCAAGUCCUUGCAGACGAGUAGCGACCCUGUUCGGCUGCGGCUUCCUUGGUCUUUGUGCAGCGGGAUAUUACAUGGCCGACUCAACGUAGUCGAUCGUGAUGCAUACCAGAGUCUUGUCACUGCUGUCGGGCCAUCAGUCGAAGGGGUUUUACCACUGAACGGUGGUUUUUCAUGGAAUGAUGAGUCGAAUGACAUGAAAUCAUCCAAAUUCCAACCAAAUCGUAUAUUGAUUACAUGCCAUCAAAAUCUCACUGUACGAUUCUAUGACAUCAGCGUCCAAUUGCUGGUGGCUGCCAGGCCACAUCCUGUCCAGUACGACUUCCCAACUCCGCUUCCUCAUCUGACAAUGGAUCUGUCUUUUCUCGUGCUGGAUCCGUGGGUAUUCAAGCAAAUAUCCACGACAACGACAGCACCAUUGUCUAUACAAUCAGUUCUAUUUUCAUCGGAGUCUCUGGAGUCUGCAGUUGUUAUGUCCACUGGCAACGUGCUGGUGUUUCGAUUGAAGGAUGAGCAAGACAACCUUCCGCCAUACCGGGAAUGCGAAGAUCGAGAACUCACGUACCUGGAACAUCUUGGCGUCUCCACCGGCUACAAGUAUGCACCCUAUAUCAUUUUAUCGCCAACUAAGGGACCAACAACUGCUUGUGCAAUAUCAGAUAUCGGUUUUCUAUCUGUGGCGUAUGGGGAUGGAUCAUUGUAUAUUAUUGAUCUGCGUGGACCAAGAAUUCUGUUCUAUCGUGACCCUAAAAGCAAAGCGAGGAAUAAACAUUCUAUCGGCCUACAUCUAAGUGACCACACUUCGGAACCCUUUGUUUCUUUGACUUGGACAAUAAGUGUACUGGAAUCAGAUAAUCAUAAUGGUGUUCGGCUCAUUGGCGUCAGGAAAUCAGGAAUUUGCGAAGUGUAUACGAUAUCCCGAGUGACUUCGUCAUGGAGAUGCAGCGGAGACUUUGUCAAAGUGGACGGUGCAAGCGAUCCAUUCCCGGAGGGCGCAUUUAUGGUGGAUGCUAAAACAGGCGUUCACCGUAAUGCUACUCGGCGAGGUUUAAGCGACGCUUUCAGUGCACCUUCAGUACAAGGGCACGCGUAUUUCAUCACUACGGGCAUCAAAGGAGCACAGUGUUAUAUAGACAUUGACGGCGACCGUAUAGGCAAAGUGGAUUGGAGCAGCAAGUCCGGUAUUGUGCGGGAAGUCGAAGUUAUAGAAAAACUUGGCUCUUGUGCCCUCGUUGCUUUUACAGACAAGCAAGAAGCGCUGGUGUAUUCCAUUCCUCACUUGGAAUUCAUCAACGCCUUUCCGCUGCCUCUGAUGUUUUCAUCCAUUACGGUUGAUGAAACCGGAGAUUUCAUUGGAUGGAAGCGUCAUUCUCGCUCUGGUUUAGAACAACGCGCUGUAUAUGGCACUUUGUUCGACAUGCGGCGCUCCAUUCCCUUGCCAGAUAUUGAUCUAACAAGCACUAAAGUCCCGGUUCCUGCUCAGCCGCAGCCGGUGUCUAUGGGACCAACGUCUUUCCUAGGAUCUUGGUUGACUUUUGGUAUUCAGUCCAUAACUGGGGACCAGGCUGAUGAACUAUUGGGUGGUCCAAAUAGGCCUAUCCCGCAGGCCAAAAACGAAUCAUCGACAGGGGUUUCCUAUGGGGGAAUAUCACAGGGCGUCUCUGCAUUAGUUGCUUCUGCAUCAGCAACUCAGGGUAGCUUAUACGAGCGCUUAUCAUCUGCACUUAAUGACAGAGGACAGAUAUUGGGUGAUUUGGAGGAUCAUUUCAACUCCUUGGAACAAAGCAGUAGAAGCAUGGCGACGCAGGCAAAACGGUUGGCUGCUGAGCAGACCGCAAAACAAUGGUUUCGAUUUUGAUACCCUAUGCCUUGUCAAUGUGGCAAAGGUUUAGCGAGAUACCGUGAUUGUAAUACCUAGAAUGAGAUCCGAUAUGAUAUUCUUUUCAAUAAUCCUUUUUCCAUCUCCAAUAUUGGAUUCACUUCCUCUAACCUAUUGUACUGUUUCGAUACUUACACGUCAGUACACGUAUACGGUAUAAGCAAGCGAUUAAGUGGC